CUGCAGUGGUCCCUAUAGAACCCAGUGGACAAUACAUCACAAUGUGCCCAUGCACAAAGGCUGCUGGCACGGUGAUCAGUGCAGCAGCCAUGGUGCAGCAGAGCUGUGGUGCUGCCCAGGCACGGACAGCCUGUAGCAAGGCCCCACUCCCUCGCAGAGCCAGCAGGAGCCAAGCACUGGCAGAGGGCAGGGUGGUGUUCUCAGGCCCGGAUGCCAUACGCGAUCACAGAACAAGACGGCCUGAGCACACUCACUACAUAGGAUCAACAUCUCCAGCAAUAGAAGGCAGCAGUGAUGCUGGCUACUUGUGGCGGCCGGCCUCCUGCUUCUCAUCCCCGCUGCUCCGCCGAUGUCAGUAUGCCACAGAAAUCGGGUGGGGAGUGAGAGAGCUCAGCUAUUUCACCUGGAGAAAUCUCCAGAGCGGAGCGCAGAUCAAGAGAGGACAGAUCUGGCAGGCUGCUGAAGAUCAAGCAACACACCGAUACCAAAGUCCAUGGCAGCCAGCUCCCUGUGUUCUUGAACAUCAAGGCCAUGGCGCACGGGCCCGGCUGGCCUGGGAUCUGGGCAGGUACAAAGGUCCUCACAGCGAGCGGCCAGUCAUGAUCCAAGCUACUCCCAGCCACCAGCACCAAGGAAAAAGGUGAGGCGUCUUCUCCAGCAGAAUUCAGAGCCCCGCACCACGGCUGCAGUACCCUUAUCUGCAACCUGCAAAUGGAAAGAGAAUCUUGCUGGUUUGGAAACGUACGAGUACCAAUAUCGCACAAAGCACAGCCACACAACUAAACGUCAAAAGAGUCGCACGCCGUAGGGAACCAGAAACAGUUUAAAAAUGCAAAAGGCUUACAGUUGUCAAAGCUGAUGGGGAAAGCUUUAGGAGACUUAGCCACCUUAAGGAACUCUAUGGAGCCAAAAGAGAAAAACAGCAACACUCCUAUCCACAAGCAUGGCUCUGGGAAGACCUCAGCCUUCUGAAUCAACCCGUAUUUCUGCAUCCACAAACACUUCUCUUCCCACAGGCUUACUGUCGCAGUGGGAGACUCCUCAUGGGAGCUUGCCCUCUGUCUAACACCAUUUUGUUAGAUCACAAAGGAAUCUCCGAAGCUCCAAGCAGACGAAAAACAGUUUAUGAGAUUAUAUUUAUUUUUAAGUGCUCGACUGUCACUCCUAAGCCCUUUGGCCUUGCGUUGACCUUUAGGAUUUCUAGAGAAGAUGCUACUUGCACUGCUUAAACUGUUUUAGCUUUGGGAUGGUUCCAAACAGCCAAGUGACUGCAACUAUUAUGAGAGUCAUUUUCCAGCAUGUGGAUUACUAGCAUGUGGCCACUUAAGCUAUUUUUAUAUGGGAUUGGAAGCCUUGCAGGUCACAGUCCCAUGGUUUAUCACUCAGCUGCAUAUCCUUUAUGUUCAAAAUCCCAUUUAGCAUUCUCAGUCCUGCUCUCUCUUCAAUUGCAUAAACACAGAAAGCCAAAGGAUACAGUGUGUGAACAAUGAAUAGGAAAACUGCUGUUUUAUAGGACUUCCUCAUUUAGUGAAGUGGGAGAAAGACCACACAGUGUUGGCACAAGACUUGGUUGCUUUGCAGCACUGUUCAUGUUUACUUAUGUCUGCUAUAGCCUUCAAUUCCUCAUUACGUAGCAUAAGGAGAAUCUCCUCACUGGUUCUGCAAUUCCCUUCACCAUCUGUUGAAAAGGAAGAUGGGUCAAGUCGGUUACAAGGGACAUUAAUAAUUUAAGAUGUGGGUUUUUUUUGUUUGCAACAGCAGAAAUACACUGUAUACAUAUCUAUAUAUUUUUAAAUAGUUUAUGUCAGACCAAAGAGACUCCAUGGGACCAUCCAAAUUCUGAGUAGAAGCCAAGGUUCCUGCACUGCGCAAACCAUGGAGCCAACCCAAAGAUCAACAGCUAUCAAAGACAUCAGAAGUUGGAUUCUCUCUCAGUGCUUUUCUCCUGCUCCUAGCUGAGGGCCCUGCCCCUUCCUUCACCCUAUCCUAGCAUUUACGUGAGCCAAAUUCUACUUGUUCAUCCAGAAGAGAAUCACCAACAUUUUUUCAAUUCAGGAAAACUGCACUUGCACUCAAAUGAACCAGGGAGCUCCAGAGCAUGUGACAGAAGCUUGCAGAUGCACCUAGCAUGACAGAAAUAAAAGGCUGGACACGGUAACAGUGCUUUCCCCAUGUUAAAGUGGUUAGGUAUUAAAUUGCUGCAAGAGAAAGUCUCGUUUGAGCACAGAAGGAAGGCAGCUACACAAUUUGCCAAGUGGAGAGCUAGACUAGAGUUACAGCUCACCACAACGCUGUUGUUUCAAUGGACUUUUCAAACUAAAAAAAACCAGACACCAAGUUUAGUUAAUAACUAUAGAACAUCACCAUACCUGCAGACACACAAACAGGAGUGGUAGCAGACAACGCAGCAGGCAUUUCCCCUUACUUCAGCUGUGUGUACACAACCAUUUAGAACCUUCGACCAUAAAUAAGUACAUAUAUUUCCAAAUGCUUCCAUGUCGAUAUUCACUGCAGCCAGACCAGAAAGCCAGCAGAUAUAUUCACAGCACUGCAGAAUGUCCUUGACACCAGAGUGUGCGUUUUCUUUCUUUUCCUUUGGUUGUAUUAUUAUUAUUAUUAUUAUU